AUGAGCUCUACGGGUGCUGGGUAUGAUGUGUCACCCACCACAUUCUCGCCGGACGGACGACUUUUUCAAGUAGAGUAUGCUGGCAAGGCCGUGGAGAACAGCGGCACAGCCAUUGGCCUGAAGUGCAAAGACGGGGUCAUUCUAGCCGUGGAAAAUCUUAUGCUCUCAAAGUUACUGGUGUCCAACUCGAACAGGCGGACAUAUAAUGUGGGCUCUCACAUUUCCAUCGCUGUAGCAGGACUGGUCUCGGACGGGCGGCAGGUAGUAAAUCGAGCCCGGGAGGAAGCCGAGAACUACAAGGACAACUACGGAAGCGACAUGCCCCCCACAAUCCUGGCCGAUCGCCUCGCACAGUUUGUCCACUAUUUUACCCUCAACUACUCCUUGCGGCCCUUCGGCGCCUCCGUCCUCAUUGCUGGCCACGACGCCUUCACCGACAGCAUUGAGCUUCACGUGAUCGAGCCCUCCGGAGUCGCCUACAAAUUUUUUGGCGCGGCGCUGGGAAAAGGCCGGCAAGGAGCGAAGACAGAGAUCGAGAAGCUGAAACUGACAGAAACCACCUGCGACGAUGCGGUGAAGGAGAUGGCUAAGAUCCUGCACAAGCUCCACGACGAGAGCAAGGACAAGCCUUUCGAAUUGGAGAUGGCCUGGGUAACGGCAGCGAACGGCUACAAGGCCCAGAGGGUGCCCCGGGACAUAGUCGCGGCGGCCGAAAAGUGGGCAAAAGAAGCCAUUGAGGCAGAGGAUAUGGAUGAGAGUGACGAGGAGGAGGGAGGUACAGCCCCAUAGAGGAGACGGUCAAGAAAUGGAUGGGAAAGAAAUUGAUUGGAGAUGGGCCGUGUGUCUUUAUAGGGAGGCUUAAUUGUGAAAGAAA